AUGGAGACAGGAAAUUACUCUGAAGUGACUGAGUUCUUUCUGGUGGGACUUUCCCAAUACCCAGAACUCCAGCUUUUUCUGUUUGUGCUCUGUCUCAUCAUGUACUUGAUAAUCCUCCUGGGAAAUAGUCUCCUCAUUAUCAUCAUCAUCCUGGAUUCUCGUCUCCACACCCCCAUGUAUUUCUUCCUUGGAAACCUCUCAUUCUUGGAUAUCUGUUACACAUCAUCAUCCAUUCCUCCAAUGCUUAUUAUGUUUAUGUCUGAGAGAAAAUCCAUCUCCUUCAUUGGCUGUGCUCUGCAAAUGGUUGCUUCCCUUGGCUUGGGCUCCACUGAGUGUGUCCUCCUGGCUGUGAUGGCCUAUGACCGGUAUGUGGCCAUCUGCAACCCACUGAGGUAUCCCAUCAUCAUGAACAGGGUGUUAUAUAUGCAAAUGGCUGCAUGGUCUUGGAUCGUAGGCUGUCUGAACUCUCUAGUGCAAACAGUCCUGACAAUGGUGUUGCCUUUCUGUGGCAAUAACAUCAUCGAUCAUCUUACCUCCCACCUGACUGUGGUCAUCUUAUUCUAUGGUUCGGCUCUUUUUAUGUACAUGAAGCCCAAGUCAAAGGAUACAAAGGCAUCAGAUGAGAUCAUUGGGCUGUCUUAUGGAGUGGUAACCCCAAUGUUGAACCCCAUCAUCUACAGCCUGAGGAAUAAGGAGGUAAAAGAAGCUGUGAAGAAAGUCCUCAGCAGACACUUGCAUUUAUUGAAACCAUGA